AUGCCAGAUGAGAUCUGUGUUCCAUACUCUGGCGAUGUAGAGAAAGAUCUUCAUACGUUGAUUGACAUCAUCUUCCCAGAUCUAAAUGCAAUCAUGGCAGAUAAAGACUAUAUCACUACUAGAGUGAUUUUAUCUACACGUAAUGAUUGGGUGGACAUUGUCAAUAUGAAAAUGAUUGAUAUGUUCCAGGGAGGUGAGACGGUGUAUCACAGUUUUGACUCCACGGUAGAUGAUCCACAUAAAUACUAUUCAUCAGAGUUCCUUAAUAGUAUGAUCCCCAACGGCCUACCUCCACAUGUCUUGAAGCUAAAGCUCGGGUGUCCUGUCAUAUUGCUUAGGAAUGUUGACCCUGCUAAUGGGCUAUGCAACGGUACAAGGCUGGUGAUGCGAGGGUUCCGAAGAAAUACAAUUGAUGACGAAAUCAUUGUGGGGCAGCAUGCUGGGAAGCGAGUAUUCUUUCCUCGAAUACCGCUCUGCCCGUCUGAUGACGAGAUGUUUCCAUUCUAG